AUGACGCGCCGGAACAGCCUGGCGCUGCAUCUCACGGCCCUCGCCGCGCUCUCCUCCGUCGCGCAGCUGCCCAUCCUCGUCGGGGCCGAGGACCUCGACGCGGAGGACGUGCCGCCCGAGUGCGUGCCAGUCUGCGCGUCGAUCGUGGCGCUCACGGCGCGGUGCGAGGCGCAGACGAAGCAGCGGUUCGGGGACAUUGACAAGCGGCUUCUCCACGACGGAACGGUGGACUUUGAGGCGCGGCGCAGACACGUUUUGGCGCCGGAGAGGGUGCGGAGGAGGAGGCAACGACUGGAGGAGAGGAUGCGGAGGCGGCAGGUGCAGUCGGACAGCGACUCCGACUCGAGCGGCGACGAGGCGCCGCCGCAGGUUGUGGCGGCGGCGGAAAGGGAGGAGAAGGAGUGCGUGUGUCAGGAUACGUCGUUUGAUGUGUUUGGAGCGAUGAAUGGGUGCGCGGGAUGUAUUGCGGCGAAUGUGACGGCCGUGGAGGCGAAUGAAGAUCAUGGCCGACUGCGGGUUUGCUCCUCCACCGCCUCCGGCCACUUCUUCUUUGUUUACUACGACAACGACAACAUCACCACCGCCGGCGAUUCUUACGGACCCUCCGGCCGCGAACCCAGCCCAGGGCGGAUUCUCGACGUUAGUGCCCCCGGCAUUAGCGCCCGCGGGACCGUCUACGUCCUCGACUUCAUCAACAUCCUCAACGGCACCACCACCACCACCGCCGCCACAAGAUGCCCCGACCUCAACGCAACCACCGCCUGCUGCCGCGACGACGCCGGAGCCAGAGGUCACGCCGACGGUGGAGAGCUCGACCACGCCCGUGACGGUGUUCGAGACGCCUUCUUUCAGGACGCUGCCUAG